GGGACACGAAUCUUAGCCAUUAUCAUCAAGGUCCUCAAGAGUCAGCGAGACGGCGUCCAUCAAGCUGCCCGACCUCCAUCUCAUCAAGAUACCAACCAUACUAUUCCGAUAUAUUCUUCGCCCCGAACAUGGCACCGCCACGCAGCAACAGCAGCAGCGACAGCAGCAGCGACAGCAGCAGAGACAGCUGGAAGACUGAGCCGGUGGCCAUUGUCGGAACCAGCUGUCGCUUCCCAGGAGGCGCGAGCUCUCCAUCCAAGCUGUGGCACAUUCUGCGCAGCCCCCCGGAUCUUCGAAAGGAGAUUCCCCCGUCCAAGUUCAACCAGCACUCGUUCCACCACCCAGAAAGUGUGCGCCAUGGUACCUCCAACGUCGCCCACUCAUACGUUCUCGAAGAGGACGUGGGCGAAUUCGACCACGCCUUCUUCAACCUCAACCCCAAAGAGGCCGAAAGCAUGGACCCCCAGCAACGACUCCUCCUCGAAACCGUCUACGAAGGCAUCGAAGAAGCCGGCUACGCCAUGUCCGACCUCCGCGGGUCGGCCACCGGCGUCUACGUCGGCCAGAUGACCGACGACUACUACGACAUGCUGAACAAGGACGUGCAGUGCGCUCCGCAAUACACAGCCACGGGGUCGAGCCGAGCCAUCAUCGCCAACCGCGUGUCGUACUUCUUCGACUGGCGGGGGCCCUCCGUCAACGUCGACACGGCGUGUUCGUCGAGCUUGGUGGCUUUGCACCAGGCCGUGCAGGCGUUGCGGGGCGGCGAGGUCGACUUGGCCGUGGCCGCCGGCGUGAACCUCAUUCUGGGGCCCGAGAAGUACAUCUAUGAAUCGCAAUUAUCCAUGUUGUCGCCCACGGGCCGGUCCCGGAUGUGGGACGCCGACGCCGACGGCUACGCCCGAGGCGAAGGCUUCGCGGCCGUGGUGGUCAAGCGGUUGAGCCAGGCCCUGGCCGACAACGACCACAUCGAAUGCAUCAUCAGGGAGACGGGCGUGAACCAGGACGGUCGAUCGGAAGGUCUCACCGUCCCCAGCUCAGAAGCCCAGGCCGCACUCAUCCAGUCCACUUACAGCAAAUGCGGCCUGGACUGGCGGAAGACGGAGGAUCGCUGCCAAUACUUCGAGGCCCAUGGCACGGGGACGCAAGCAGGCGAUCCCAAGGAAGCCCGCGCGAUUCGAUGUGCCUUCUUCCCGGAAAAGUCGGGGCCCUCGGGGGAGUCGGACCCGGAACGGGACGCGGGCAAAGACUUGGACGUGCUGUACGUCGGCUCCGUCAAGACCGUCAUCGGACAUCUGGAGGGCGCGGCCGGCCUGGCGGGAUUGCUCAAAGCCUCCUUGGCUGUGCAGCACGGCCAGAUCCCCCCGAACCUCCACUUCAACCGUCUCAACCCCAAGAUCGAACCUUUCUACGACUGCCUCGAGGUCCCCACCCGGCUGCAGGCCUGGCCGGAGCUGCCCAAGGGCGUGCCGCGGAGGGCCAGCGUCAACUCGUUCGGGUUUGGCGGAACGAAUGCACACGCCAUUAUUGAGAGCUGGCCUCCUGCCGACGAUGCAUGUGGCCGUGAAGACGCAUGCGAAGACGCAAAAGAUCAGCAGCCGCAGCAGCACUUCGGCCCCUUCGCGCUCUCUGCCGGCUCGGACGAGGGCUUGAUGGCUGCCAUGUCGAACCUAGCGCAAGCCCUCAAGACCAACCCCGGCAUCAACCUCCGCGACCUGGCAUGGACCCUGCAGCUUCGGCGCGAGCACUUCCCCGUCCGAGCCGCCAUCGCCGCCGUCGACAGAGACCAGCUCAUCGAACGGUUAGCCGCCGCCAGCAAGGACGCGAACGCGCUCUCCGUCCAGUCGGCCAAGGCCGCGCGCGUGUCCGACAAGUACCCGGUUCGCAUUCUGGGCGUCUUCACCGGUCAAGGCGCACAAUGGCCGAGAAUGGGCGCCGAGCUGUACACGCAGUCGGCCCGCUUCCGGCAGUCCAUCGACGAGCUUCAGGCGUCCCUAGACGAGCUCCCCGAUGCACCCUCGUGGUCUCUUCGCGCAGAGCUGUUGGCCCCCGAGGAGACCUCUCGCGUGAGGGCCGCCGAGAUCGCGCAGCCCAUCUGCACGGCCGUACAGGUCGCCCUCGUGCACCUCCUACAGGUGGUCGGCGUUUCUUUCCACGCAGUGGUCGGGCACUCUUCGGGAGAGAUCGCCGCUGCCUACGCCGCCGGCUAUUUGUCGUCCCGCGAUGCCAUCCGCAUUGCCUACUACCGCGGCGUGCACUCCCAUCUCGCCUCGUCCCCGACCGGCCAGCCCGGGAAGAUGAUGGCCAUCGGGCUGUCCUUCCAAGACGCGCAGGCCUUCUGCCAGCGUCCCCCGUUCCACGGCCGUGUCGCGGUCGCCGCCAGCAACGCCAGGUCCAGCGUCACGGUCUCGGGAGACGCCGAUGCCAUACUCGAGGCGAAGGAGGUCCUCGACGCCGAGGGGGUCUUUGCCCGGGCGCUGCAGGUGGACAAGGCCUACCACUCUCACCACAUGCAGCCCUGCUCGGGCGCCUACCUGAAUUCCCUGCGCGCCUGCGACAUCAAAGUGCUCCGGACCCACGUCAACCGCGACAACGACGACUGCGUCUGGUAUUCCAGCGUCCAUGGCUCGGCCGGAUCCUACACAAACGAGCCGGGAAGCUUCGCCGACCAGUACUGGGUGGACAACCUCGUCCAACCGGUCAUGUUCUCGCAGGCGCUGGAUCGCGCCGUGCAAGAAAGCCAACGGCUCGAUCUCGUGCUCGAAGUCGGCCCGCACCCGGCCCUGCGCGGUCCGGCGACCGACUUGAUCAAGUCCCUGGCCGGUGUGGCGGUGCCCUACAGCGGCGUGCUCAAGAGAGGCGAGAACGAUCUCGCCGCCUUCUCCGAGGCCCUGGGUUUCGUGUGGAGGCAUGUCCAUGUCCAGGUUGACGGAGCCGGUCAGGCGCAAGCUAUGCCCGAUUUCGAAGCCUUCGCCCGGGCCUGCGCCUCCGAUGCGGCAUCGUCGUUCCGUCCGCAAGUUUGCAAGUCCCUGCCCACGUUCCCCUGGAACCACAGCAAGCCGCUCCUGUGGGAAUCGCGAACGUCCAAGCUGUGGCGCGGCCGGAAGGAACCGGAACACGAUCUGCUGGGGCUGCCCACCGUCAGCGGCAACCGUCAGGAGGUGCACUGGCGCAAGAUCAUGCGGGUCAAGGAGAUGGACUGGCUGCGUGGACACAAGUUCCAGAACCAGGUCCUCUUCCCUGCCGCGGGCUACGUGUCCAUGGCCGUCGAGGCGGCGUCGUACUUGGUCCCGGAAUCAGAUCAGCAGCAACCCAACACCAAGAUCAAGGUGAUCGAGCUGAACGACAUGAAGAUCCACCGAGCCAUUACGCUGUCCGAGCAGUCCUCGAUGGGGACCGAGGUGACCUUUGUGAUCCGCGCGCGUCAGCAGGAUGCAGCGACCACCACCGCCGAGUAUUCUUGCUACAGCAUCGAAGCGGAUGCCGGAGCCGACGAGCAGAGCCACUGCAACUUUACCGGGUCGGCCACCAUCAUCAUGACGAGUGCGCGAGAGGCCGAGACUCUACAGCCGUCGAGGCGUGAAGCGCCGCCGCUCCCCCUCACGGAUGUGAACCUCGACCAGUUCUACGCCAGCGUGAGCGGCAUCGGCCUUGACUACUCGGGAGACUUCCUCGCCGACUCGAUCCGCCGACGUCUGGGCCUCGCCACCGUUUCCAUGUCUCAGAGGGACCGGACGCACUUGAUCGUGGAUCCCGCCGUGUUGGAUACCUCGUUCCAUGGCGUGUUCUCUGCUUUCAGCUACCCGAACGACGGACGCAUGUGGACUGCUUACCUUCCGACGAGCAUUCGUCGUGUCCGAGUGACCACGCAGCAGCCGCAGCAGCCGCAGCAGCCGCAAAAGCACUUCAGUGCCGACUGCAUCCUGCGCGAGGCUUCCGACAAGAUCAUCUGCGCCGACGUCGACCUCUACUCUGCUGCUGCCAACACUUAUACCCUGCAGUGUCAGCUAGAGGGUCUUACCUGCACCUCGUUCACCACGCAAAGCCCCGAUCAAGACCGCAAGCUCUUCUCCCAUACCGUCUGGAGGAAGGACAUCGCCUGCGGCAUCGAGAACAACAAAAUCAUCAAAGCGAGCCAUGACGAUUCCCGGCUCUACGAGGUCCUGGAGCGGACCUCGUACUUCUUCUUGCGGAAACUCCGGGAGGACAUCUCGACGCCGGAGAUCGAGGACAUGGCCUGGCACGCCAAGGCCUGCCUGGGCUGGGUGUUCGACAGGCUGCUACCGUCCAUCGAAGAGGGCCAACACCCCCGCGUGAAGCCCGAGUGGGCCGUCGACCGAGAAGAGGACAUCCAAGCCUGGCGCGACGAGUUCGGCCGCGACGAAAUCAGCCUGCGCGCCGUGCACGCCAUCGGCCAGGCCUACGCCGCCAUUGUCCGGGGCGACGUGCCCCCCCUGCAGAUUCUCCUGGAGGACAACGUCCUGAACCGGCUGUACAAGGACUGCAUCGGCGGGCAGACGGCCAACACCCAGGUAGGCGAGCUCGUCGGCCAACUCGCCCACCGCUAUCCGCAGAUGAACAUCCUCGAGAUCGGCGCCGGCACGGGCGGGACGACCACCACGGCCCUCCAGUGUCUCCGGUCCAACUUCGCCUCGUACACGUACACGGACAUCUCGCCCGGCUUCUUCGAGAAGGCCGCUUCGAAUUUCUCCCGCCACGCGCACAAGAUGAUCUUCAAGACGCUGGACAUCGAGCGCGAUCCCGUGGAACAGGGCUACGAGCCGCACUCGUUCGAUGUCAUCAUGGCCGCCAACGUGCUCCAUGCCACCAAGCACCUGGACGUCACCAUCGCCCAUUGCCACAAGCUGCUGAAGCCCGGCGGCCGCAUGAUCCUGCUGGAGAUUACCAGUGAGGCGCUGUGGAUCCAGACCAUCUUUUCGGCGCUGCCGGGCUGGUGGCUCGGACAGGAAGAGGGGCGCAUCAACCACCCGACUGUCUCCAUCGACGAGUGGGACGGCAUCCUGCGUCGCCAGGGGUUCUCGGGUGUCGACGUGCAGUGUCGUGACCUGGAAGACGAGGACAGAUACACCUUCUCCGUGUUUACCACCCAAGCCUUGGACGGUCAUGGCAGGGUCGAGGCACUGAGGAGCCCUCUCCUCAUGGAGCCCAGCCAGCCCCUUGCUCCCAAGGUCGACCACAUCGCUCUCAUCGGCCCCGGCCCUGGCCCUGGCGCAGCGGGUACGGAGCUUACCACACUGGUCAGCGAGAUCAAGAACCUGCUUUCUCCCUUUGCCAACACCAUCACCGUCGCCCAGGGCCUCCACGACCCGGUCUUGGCCGCCCGGGACGGGGACGGCGCCGACAUGGACGCUCCGGCAGCCGCUCUGCCUCUAGGAACCACCGUCCUCUCGCUCGUCGACCUCCACGAAGCCACCUUCCGCACCAUGGACGCCGCCAAGUUCCAAACCCUCAAGAGCAUCUUCAACAACGCCAAGACCAUCCUCUGGGCCACGCGCGGCUGCCGCGCCGACGACCCUUACGCCAACAUCAUGGUCGGUCUGGGUCGCUCGGUCAUGCAGGAGCUCGCGCACUUGAACCUGCAGUUCGUCGACGUGGACCCGGCCCAGACGGAGAAGGAGAAGGACAAGGAGAAGCCCGCGGUGUUGUUGUCCAAUAUGCUUCUGCGCAUGCUGCUGCUGGAUACCGACGAGUACGACGACCCGGAGUGGCAACAUGUCGUCUGGUCCGGUGAGACGGAGACGUUGAUCCAGGGGAACGGCGGCGACACGUACAUCCCGAGAAUCGUUCCCGAAGAAGCCUCCAACCAGAGGAUCAACUUGGGCCGCCGUACUGUCCAGGGGCAAGUCAACGUCUCGCAGCAGGCCGUGACGCUGAGGAGGGAGUCGCCCAGUGGCGUGUGUUGGCUGGAGCAGCAGACGAAGAGUAAGAGCAAGGCUUCUUCCUCCACUGCUGCCGACCUUUCUCAAGACGUAGCUGUACGCGUUCAGGCCUGCUCUCUCUUCCCCGUGGUCACGAAAGAAGGCCGCCAUCAUUUCGUCUGUGUCGGUAAAGCCGUCGAGUCGGGCGAGAUGGUGCUCGCCUUGACCCCGACCAACAGCUCCAUUAUCAGCCUUGCAUCCGACGACAUCAUCCCACUUGGCCAGUCCCCCGGCGGCACCCCGUCAGCUUCUUCCCCUUCCUCCCAGCAAAGCUCGCUCCGAGCAGCCCUGGUGCGCAUCAUCUGCGAAAGCCUCGUCAAGCCCCUGGCCAACAUCAAGGGCACAGUCUGGCUACACGUUGCCGACGCCUCCGUUGCGGAAAUUGCUUCCGAGGUGACAUCCGCCCAUGGCCUCGAGUUGCUGUGGACAUCUUCGACCAGCGUUCGCGUUCCGGCCCGAGGUAAGGGCGGACGUGGUGACACAACGCCUCGGGUCCUCCACCCAUUCAUCACGGAAAGGGAGCUUCGUUCUCUGCUUCCAAGCCAUGUCCGCUGCCUGCUCACCCUCGGGGAAGAGCCCAUUGCCGGAUUCUACCAGCGACUGGCUUCCGGUCUGGACGACGACGCUGCCGAGGUUCGUCACUUGACCGGCCAGACGAACCAGCAUGGCCACCUCGCCGUCUCGCUCAGCUUGGAGGAGGUGCGAGACGUUCUCCGAGACGACGCCGACGCAGCCAAGUCCCCCGUCCCCGUGCCAGUGGCGGCGGACGAGUCCUCUGCGACCCUCUCUGCGACCCCGGUCGACAAUCUGCCCACGAACCGCGCAACCGCACCCCACGUCUCUGACCCCCUCGAGCUGGUCGACUGGGCGUGCGUGGACCGGGUCGCCGCCGUCGUCAAGCCCCUGGACACCGGCAACAUGUUCUCCCACGACAAGACCUACUUCCUCGUGGGGUUGACCGGCGAACUCGGCCUCGGUCUCUGCAACUGGAUGAUCGACAACGGCGCGCGGCACCUGGCGCUCUCGAGCCGCAAGCCCGACAUCGACCCCCGCUUCCUGGGCCACUGGAAGAGCAAAGGCGCCCACGUCCGCGUAUUUGCGCUCGACGUGGCGGACGAGAAGAUGCUCCACGACGUGCAUCGGCAGAUUGUCGAGACCAUGCCCCCCGUCGGCGGCGUCAUGAACGGCGCCAUGGUGCUCCGAGACAGGCCCUUCAGCGCCAUGACGUUGGAGGACUUCGACGCGGUGCUGGGCCCCAAGGUGCGCGGCAGCGAGUAUCUCGACAACAUCUUCCACUCGGACCCCCUCGAGUUCUUCAUCCUCUUCUCGUCCCUGUCGCGUGUCAUCGGCAACCCGGGCCAGUCCAACUACGCGGCCGCCAACAUGUUCAUGGCCAGCCUGGCCGCGCAGCGCCGGGCGCGCGGCGUGUCGGCUUCGGUCGUCGACAUUGCCAUGCUGGUCGGCUUCGGCUGGAUGUGGCGCAACGCGGGCGAGCUCCUCGAGGCCCAGAUGAAGGCGGCCGCCUACAUGUCCAUCUCCGAGCCCGAGUUUCACACCAUCAUGGCCGAGGCCAUGGAAGCCGGCCGCGUCGAGUUUGCCGAUCCCGAGAUCCACACCGGUCUCGCCCUGUCCAACACGGCGAGCUGGAAGCGGUUCCCGCGCUUCUCGCACUUUGUGCCCUCCGAGAACCAGGGCGGCGGCGGCCUCUCCGCGACUGCUGGCAUGGGCGCUGAGCCCGACAAGACCCUCCGGCAGCUCAUCUCCGAGGCUACAAGCGACGAGGACGUCUUGACGGCCAUCGAGGCGGCCUUCUCGCGCAAACUGCGCCUGGUGCUGCAGCUGGCCGACACCGGCGCGCCCAUGGACCCCAAGACGGCACUGCUCUCGCUGGGCAUGGACUCGUUGGUGGCCGUCGAGUUGCGGUCUUGGUUCCUCAAGGAGCUCGCUGUGGAUGUGCCCACCCUGAGGAUUCUCAGCGAUGCCACCAUUGCCGAUAUCAGCGUCGAGGUCAAGUCGAAACUCAGCAUCAUCGUCUCCGACACUCCCGGCAAACAGGAACGGGAGAAGGAAUCUCCACCGGCUUCUGCCCGGCCAUCGAAUGCCCCGAGAAUCACCAUCGAGUGUGACGAGACGUCUACUGCUUCACGCUCCGACACGUCCUCCGAUCAUCAAGCCAACCACGAUGAUCGAUGGCUCGAUAGCCCCAGUCCCAGUUCGCCAAACAGCACCGCCUCCCCGUCCGUCUUUGGAUCAGCGUCCAACACGGGCCCUAAGAACACGGCCCGGCAACAAUCUCCCGUGGCAGAAGAAUCUCCCGCCGCCGCCGCCACCGCCGCCGCCGCCCCUACCCCCCCGGCCAGAGAUAGCUACGAGCGUACGGGACCCAUGUCUCACUCGCAAGAGGCUCUCCAUUUCCUCCACGAGUACCUGGUCGACAAGUCCAGCCAAAACGUCUUGUUCCGCGGUCGAUACCCGCACCGCCUGAACAUGGCCCAAUUCGAAGCCGCCCUGCAACACGUCGCCCAACGCCACGAAGCCCUUCGCAGCGCGUACUUUGUCGACCCCAGCACGCAGCAAGCCGUCCAGGGGGUACAUGUAAGGACGGACGGCUCGGGGAUCCAGGUGAUCCGCAAACAGAUCGACGCCGAGGCCGAUGUCGACGCCGAGGUGCAACAGCUGCGAGAGCACGUUUUCGACAUUAGCCACGGCAAGCUGAUGGUCGUGGCCGUGCUGUCCGUCUCGCCCAGCCUCCACCACAUCGUCUUCGUGCACCACCACAUCGUCAUGGACGCGCAAGCUACCAUUGUCUUCCUGACAGAGCUGACCAUGGCGUAUGCCGGCCAGCCCCUGAGCAGCAGCUCCCCUCCCCAGGCCAUCGACGUGUGCGCCAAGAGGCGGGCCGAGUGCAUGUCGGACAAGAUGGCGGAUAAACUCGCAUACUGGAUGAGGGUCCACGGGUCGUCGUCGUCGUCGUCGUCGUCGUCCCCCAUACCUCUACUCCGCUUUGCGAAGACCCAGAGUCGCCAGCCUCUGUACGAUUAUGACCUGCAGACCUUCGACAUCAAACUGGACGCCGACCUAUGCGCCCUGAUCCGGACCAAGUCUUCGCAACUCCGCAUCACGCCCUUCCACUUCUAUGUCGCCAGCUUCCACGCCCUUCUCGCGCGCUGUCUCGGCAACACCACGGACGACAUGAACAUCGGCAUCGUCGACUCGAACCGCGGCGGUGGCCCGGAUGCUGCGGACGACGCACAGGCCGUCGGCUGCUUUCUCAACCUGUUACCCCUCCGAGUCGGCAGGAUCCAGGACGACGAGACGUUCGACAAGGUCGCCCAGCGCACGAGGGACACCGUCCUGGCGGGCCUGUCCAACGCGGGAGUUCCGUUCCAGCUGCUGCUCGAUGAGCUCAAGGUGCCUCGCCACAACACCCACCAUCCGCUGUUCCAAGUGAUCGUCAACUAUCGACUGGGCAUCCCGUCCUCCAGCCCCUUGGGCGAUGGGCAGCUCGAGUGGACCGGCGCCAUGGCCGCGAAGAACUCGUAUGACCUGGCCGUCGAGGUUUCGGAUACCCCUCGCGGCGCCUGUGUUCUCUCCCUCACCACGCAGCGAUACAUGUACAGUGCUGCCGAUACCGAGAUGCUGACCAAGUGGUAUAUGCACACGUUGAAGUCGUUUGCGCAGGACUCUUCUGUCCGGGUCAGCACUUGUUCCCUUGCUGAUGCACAGGAGAUGCGCAAGGCCACCGCUCUAGGCCAUGGGCCGACAGUCAACAUCGAAUGGGAGGGCACCCUCGUCGACCAGAUCGCAAGGGUUGCAACCGAGUUCCCAGAUGCCAUCGCCAUCAAAGACGACGACGGCAACCAGGUUUCCUACUCGGACAUGAUCAAGAGGACCGACCAGAUCUGCCGAGGGCUCCAGGCCAGCAACAUCCAGCCCGGAUCCAGAGUCGCCGUUCUCCUCCCUCCCGACGUCAACGCCAUCUGCACUCCGCUUGCCGUUCUCCGUCGCGGCUUAGUGUGGGUGCCGCUCGACAUGCGGAAUCCGUGGCAGAGGCUCGCGGCCAUCGUGGCAGACUGCAAGCCCCGUUACCUCGUUCACUCCGAGGCCACCCAGGAUCUCGCGGAAGAGCUGGCUGCCGCCGAGGGAGAGACACUGGAUGCCGCUGAGCCAUUGCGCUUGGAAGAGCUGCUGGCACCACAUGCACCCACAGCAGCUUCCUCCACAUCGGAUCCGACACCGAAUCUGAGCAAGAGAGACGGAGAUGCCGUCCUCUUGUACACGAGUGGUUCCACCGGCGUGCCCAAGGGCGUCCGCCUCACGCACAUCGGCCUCUUGAACCAGAUCUACGUCCUCGCCGACGUAGCGGGCGAGCGCCAAGUGGUCCUGCAGCAGACGUCGCACGGCUUCGACAUGGCCCUGGACCAGAUCUUCAACGCCCUGGCCCGCGGCGGCACCCUGAUCGUCGUGGGCCAGCAGGGCCGAGGUGAUCCGAAGCACCUCGCCCGGCUUAUGCUCUCCGAAGGCGUGACGUACACCUGCAUCGUCCCGUCGGAGUACCACCUGAUGCUCCAGUACGGCUUCGACCACCUGAAGCAGUGUCGUCAGUGGCGGUUCGCCCAUGCCGGCGGCGAGAAGGUCACGCACCAUCUCCGCCGCGCCUUCCGCCAUCUGGCUCUCCCCGACCUGAAGCUGUUCAACGCGUACGGUCCCACCGAGACCUAUUUGGGCUGUGCCCGAGGAUUGGUCCCGUACCAGACGGACGAGGACAUCAUGACCGAUUCGGAUGGCAUUCGCAUCUUGCCCAACUACGGCCUCACCAUUGUGGACGAGCAGCUGAACCCCGCGCCGUCUGGCUUUCCCGGCGAGAUUUGCAUUUCUUCGCCGUACUCCAUCAGCCCCGGCUACGUCAACAGGCCCGAGGAGACCGAGAGCCGGUUCAUCGACUCGUCGAAGCUGAAUCGCGGAGGCGUCGCGCUGCUGCCCUCGGGCCUCCCCGUCUACCGAACGGGUGAUCUGGGCCGUCUGUCCGCAGAAGACGGCACCCUGACGGUGCUCGGACGCAUGGGAGGCCAGGACAGCCAGGUCAAGAUCCGGGGCCAGCGCGUCGAGCUCGACGAGAUUGCCGCCACCAUUGUGCGCUGCUCCAAGGACAUCAUCAGCAACGCCGCCGUGUCGUGGCGUCCCGAGGACGAGAUGCUCGUUGCGCUGGUCGUCUUGGGCCGAGAUGCGAGCGAGGAGAGCGAGGAGAGCGAGAGCAUCGAGUGGGUGAGGCAUGGGCUCCGCGGGGAGCUUCCCUUGCCGCCGUACAUGCGUCCUUCCGUCUGGGUUCCCGUGGCUGGAAUCCCGACCAACUCGAACGGCAAGACGGACAGACGCGCCAUUGAUGCAUACCCCAUUCCGGCCGCCGAGCUGCAAGGAUCGAAACAAUCAAAUCACAACACGGAGAAUUCGACUGCGUCUUUGUCCGAGCCCGAGAGACAGGUGGCGAAAAUUUGGGAGCAGGUCCUCGGGGAGAAGAUGGCAUUGGACAUGGCGAAUGCCAACACCGACUUCUUUGGCCUCGGCGGUAACUCACGAAACUUGAUCGAGCUUCGAUCCUUGCUGGAGAGCCAGUUCGCGCCUGCUAGGAUUCAGCUACCGGAGCUCUUCCAGCACAGCACUUUGGGCGGAAUGGCGGCGCUGUUUGCCUCUUCCGACGGCGACGGCGACGACGAGGAGGAGAACGGCAGCCAAGGCCAAGCUGCUGCACGAGUGGACUGGAACAAGGAGAUUGAAGAUGCGUGCGAAGAAGCGCUGCGGCCUCUAUGCCAAGAAGGGACCAAUUCCCUCACGCAGAACGGUGACACGGCUCCCACAAACCCGAACAGCCUAGUUGUGGUGCUUACAGGUGCCACCGGGUUCCUGGGCAGCUCGAUCGCGCAGCGUCUUGUUGACGAUGAUCGCGUUUGCGAGGUGCACUGUAUUGCCAUCCGUGGUGGUGGUGGUGGUGGCGGCGCCGCGAAUGGCCAGACGCGUCGCGUGCCCGUCGAGAGCGACAAGAUCAUCGAGUACCCCGGCGACCUGGAAUCCCCUCGCCUGGGGCUUUCGGAGGCCGACUUUGCGCGUCUCAGCAAGCGCGCCGACAUGAUCAUCCACAACGGCGCGCAGGUGUCGUUCCUCAAGACGUACCAGUCCCUGCGCCAAGCGAACGUCUCGUCCACCGUCGAGCUCGGCCGCAUGGCACUGGUCCGAGCCAUUCCUCUUCAUUUCGUGUCGACCGGCGCCGUGGCGCUCGUGGGCAGCAGCAGCAGCAGCAACAACAACGACGACGACGACGACGACGACGCCAACGUCAAUGUCCAUGCCACACCGCUUUCGACGCAGUCUGCCAGCGACCGCAUCCCCGCGCCCGAAUCGCAGAGCGGGUACCAAGACAGCAAGUGGGUGGCCGAGCAGGUCCUGGAGGCGCUGAGCACCCAGCACGGCCUACCUGUCGUGAUUCAUCGGCCGGCAAGCAUCGUCGGAGCGGGUGCGCCCAAGCUGGACUUGAUGGCGGCCAUCCUCAACACCUCACGCGCCUUGGGCAAGGUCCCUGCGCUUGAGGGCAAGGUCAAAGGACCUCUGGAUCUUGUUGCCGUGCAAGACGUGUCCAGUCAGCUUGUCGAUAUCGCACUGGAGACGACGAAGACGAAGGUGAAGAUGACGGCCAAGUUCGUGCAUCAUUGUAACAACAGGAAACUGGCGCCCAGUCAGCUGAAGGCGUAUCUUGAGGAGGAAGAGCAGAAGCAGGAGGACAGGGACGGCCUCAAGACAACGUACAGUCUUGUCGGGGUGGACGAGUGGCUGGAUGCUGCGGCUCAGGCGGGUAUGGAGCCACUCCUCCACGACUUUUUGAGUGUUUCGUUCGCGGGUGGGAACAAGAUUCGGAUGCCGUCCCUGACCUAACGAGGAGGGAGUCAAAGACAUGUAGUUAUUCCGUUCAGGAGUUGGGAGUCGGGAGUUGCUGAAUUAUAGUAGAGGGCUGCGUGAUGGUGUGAGUGACGCGGUCGGUCUCAGGUUCGGGAAAAUCUACCUGACUAAGCUACUACAGUAGAGGGAAUAUGAAGAUAAGAUAAGAUACCUGCCC